AUGCUGAGAGUCGCGGGAAGAAGGCUUUCAUCUUCUGCAGUGGCUUGGAGGUCGUCGCAGACAACCCCAGCCUUUGUUGCUGGAUCUCAUCCGCUUUUCAAUAACAACGACGACUCUUCCUCCGAUGGCCCUUCCAGAUCCCCCAAUCAAUUUUUCUUCCAUUCCCAUUUUCCAUCUCUAAUCAGAGGAUUUUCCUCUGAAGCCCUUGCUCCUGGACAUGAUAUUGGUCUUAUCUCAGAAAUCCCAGCUACUGUGGCAGCUGUGAAGAAUCCUUCUUCAAAAAUUGUAUAUGAUGAGUACAACCAUGAAAGAUAUCCACCUGGUGACCCCAGCAAGCGGGCAUUUGCUUAUUUCAUCUUGACAGGUGGCAGAUUUGUGUAUGCCUCCUUGAUUCGGCUUCUGGUCCUCAAGUUUGUACUGAGCAUGUCUGCCAGCAAAGAUGUCCUUGCCCUUGCUUCCCUUGAGGUUGAUCUGUCCAGCAUUGAGCCUGGUACUACUGUUACUGUGAAGUGGAGAGGGAAGCCUGUUUUUAUUAGGCGCAGGACAGAAGAUGACAUCAAGUUGGCUAAUAGUGUAGAUGUUCAGUCCCUUCGUGACCCCCAACAGGAUGCAGAGAGGGUUAAGAAUCCAGAAUGGCUUGUUGUUGUUGGGGUCUGCACUCACUUAGGAUGCAUCCCCUUGCCAAAUGCUGGUGAUUUUGGUGGUUGGUUUUGCCCAUGCCAUGGUUCGCACUACGACAUUUCUGGCAGGAUCCGCAAGGGACCUGCACCAUACAAUCUAGAGGUACCCACUUACAGUUUUUUGAGCGAGAACAAGCUGCUGGUUGGAUGA